AUGAAGCUGAGGUCAAUAGGUGAAAAGGGUACCCAAGUUUUUCACCAAAACCUGAAGAUUACCCAGUUGGGGAAGUUGGGUCGAAUCGAUGAAGCAAUCAAAGUUUUCUCACAGAUGACACAAAGGAACACUGUCACAUACAACUCUAUGAUCUCUGCAUAUGCUAAAAAUGGUAGAGUUGGUAAUGCACGUCAGCUGUUCGAUGAAAUGCCUCACAGAAACUUGGUUUCUUGGAACACUAUGAUUUCUGGGUACCUGCAUAACAAUGAGGUCGAAGAAGCUUAUGGGAUUUUUGUCAGAAUGCCGGAAAGGGAUAUGUUCUCGUGGACUUUGAUGAUUACUUGCUACACAAGGAACGGUGAGCUUGAGAGAGCUAGAGAGCUGUUUGAUUUGCUUCCGGAUAAGCGUGACGCGGCUUGUUGGAAUGCCAUGAUUGCAGGGUAUUCGAAGAAGGGGAGGUUUGAUGAGGCGAAGAGAAUGUUUGAUGAAAUGCCGGUGAAGAAUUUGGUUUCUUGUAAUUCAAUGCUUGCAGGGUAUACUAAGAAUGGGGAAAUGUGUUUGGGGUUGAGGUUUUUUCAGGAGAUGCCUCAGAGGAAUGUGGUUUCGUGGAAUUUGGUGUUGGAUGGGUUCGUUCAGGUUGGUGAUUUGGGUUCUGCUUGGCGGUAUUUUGAGAAAAUUCCAGACCCCAAUGUGGUUUCGUGGGUUACAAUGUUGUGUGGGUUUGCGCGGAAUGGGAAAAUUGCGCAGGCUGAGGGUCUGUUUGAGCAGAUGCCAAGUAGAAAUGUGGUUGCUUGGAAUGCAAUGCUUGCGGCCUAUGUUCAAGACCAGCAAGUUGACAAGGCUGUCAAAAUAUUCAGGGAUAUGCCAGAGAUGGAUUCGGUGUCAUGGACUACAAUGAUCAAUGGCUAUGUUCGCGCUGGCAAGCUUGAGGAAGCAAGGGAAUUGCUAAACCGGAUGCCAUACAAGAACAUCGGAGCACAAACAGCAAUGAUAUCUGGGUAUGCUCAUAAUGGAAGGAUGGAUGAAGCAAGUCAGAUCUUCAAUCAGAUUGCUAUUCGUGAUGCUGUUUGUUGGAACACAAUGAUUGCCGGCUAUGCUCAGUGUGGCAGAAUGGUUGAAGCUCUAUCUCUUUUCAGAAAAAUGACUAACAAGGAUGCCGUUUCUUGGAAUACUAUGAUAACUGGUUAUGCUCAAGUAGGGGAGAUGGAUAAAGCACUGCAAAUCUUCGAGCAGAUGGGUGAGAAGAACACAGUUUCUUGGAAUUCUCUAAUAACAGGUUAUGUGCAGAACGGGUUAUAUCUGGAUGCACUCGAGAGUACUGUGGUCAUGGGACGGGAAGGAAAGAGGCCCGAUCAGUCAACUUUUUCAAGUGGUUUGAGUGCAUGUGCUAAUCUUGCAGCUUUGCAAGUGGGAAGGCAACUUCACCAUUUGGUUGUGAAGACUGGCUAUCUAAAUGAUUUGUUUGUCAGCAAUGCCUUGAUUAGUAUGUAUGCUAAAUGUGGAAUGGUUGUGAGUGCUAAACAAGUGUUCAAAGAUAUCAAUCAUGGUGAUAUUGUUUCUUGGAAUUCUUUGAUAUCUGGGUAUGCUCUAAACGGGUAUGGUGAAGAGGCAGUAGAACUCUUUGAAGAAAUGCAAAUAGAAGGGUUGAAUCCAGAUCAACUGACCUUUGUUGGAGUGUUGUCUGCAUGCAGUCACAGUGGGCUAGUUGAUCGGGGAUUAGAAGUGUUUAAGAGCAUGACUGAAGUUCACCUUAUUGAACCUCUAGCCGAACACUAUGCUUGCAUGGUAGACUUGCUUGGCCGUGCAGGGAGGUUAGAGGAAGCUUUUGAAAUGGUGAGGGAUAUGAAGAUCAAGGCAACCGCCAGAGUGUGGGGUGCAUUGCUUGGAGCUUCCAGGAUACACCGGAAUCUAAAAUUUGGAAAGUAUGCUACCAAAAAGCUUUUAGAACUUGAACCUGAUAAAACUUCAAAUUAUGUUCUCUUGUCAAACAUGAAUGCUGAGGCAGGCAGAUGGGAUGAGGUUGAGAGAGUCAGGGUGUUGAUGAAAGAAAGUGACACGGACAAGCAACCCGGCUGCAGUUGGAUUGAAGUCAGAAAUCAGGUGCAUGCUUUUCUCUUUGAUGAUCCUGUGCAACCUAGAACAGAAGAGAUAUGCAGUGUGUUGAAGUCUUCAGCCACAGAGAUGAUGAACACAAGUUCCUUCAUGACUCCUUACAACUGA